UCCGGGUCCAUCGCUCCCUCUGGAGGACCGUCAUGGCCCCCGUCUUGGAGAAGGCCCGGGCGAGCCAAAAGUUGCUGGACCCCACCGAUUUGUCCGAGGGGUUUAUGACGUUCGGCUCCCACUUCCAGCCUUACCUCCGUUACUGCAUGGAAGAGGAAGCCUGCAUGGAAUACAUGCGGAAUCUGCUGCGACAAAACGAACUCUUCCGCCUGUAUGUGACGUGGGUUGAGAAACACAAGCAGUGCAACCGGCUGAAGCUGAGCGACAUGUUGGUGAAGCCGCACCAGCGCCUGACCAAGUACCCCCUUCUCCUGAAGUCCGUCUUGAAGAAGACCGAGGACCCCGAGGCGCGAGAGGCCAUCGUGGGCAUGAUCAACGCGGUGGAGCAGUUCAUCAACCACGUCAACUCGCGGAUGCGUCACCACCAGGAGCAGCAGCGCCUGGCCACCACCGUCAACCGCAUCGACGCCUAUGAGGUGGUGGAGGGCAGCACGGACGAAGUGGACAAGGUGAGGAGGGGGAUCGGGGGGGGGGCACAAAAAAGACCAGCCUCAACGCUCUUACAGAUAGUCCUUGACUUACGACGGGUUGCCUAG